AUGAGCCUAUGUGGCAGGAAGGUGCUGACGUUGGUGAGCAGCGUGUUCGCUGUUUGCUCCCUCGGCCUGCUGGGGAUCGCCGUGAGCACCGACUACUGGCUGUACCUGGAGGAGGGCGUCAUUCUCCCCCUCAACCAGAGCACCGAGGUACGCAUGUCCCUGCACUCUGGUCUCUGGAGGGUUUGCUUCCUGGUUGGGGAGGAGAAAGGUCGAUGUUUCACCAUCGAGUAUGUGAUGCCCACCAAUGUCCAGAUAACAUCCGAGUCCACUGUUAGUGUUCUCAAGAUGAUCCGCUCGGCCACACCUUUCCCUCUGGUCAGCCUCUUCUUCAUGUUCAUCGGUUUCGUGCUCAGCAACAUCGGCCACAUCCGACCUCAUCGCACCAUCUUGGCCUUUGUUUCUGGAAUCUUCUUCAUCCUGUCAGGUCUGUCUCUGGUCGUUGGUCUGGUCCUGUACAUCUCCAACAUUAAUGACGAGAUGUUGAACAGGACCAAAACCAACGAUGCCUACUUCAGCUACAAGUACGGCUGGUCGUUCGCCUUUGCUGCCAUCUCCUUCCUGCUCACUGAGGCGGCCGGUGUCAUGUCGGUGUAUCUGUUCAUGAAGCGCUACACAGCAGAGGAAAUGUACCGUCCCCAUCAGGGCUUCUACCGGCCCAGACUCAGCAACUGCUCUGAUUACUCCGGCCAGUUCCUCCACCCGGACGCCUGGGCCGGUCGAGGCCGCAGUGCCUCCUCCAUCUCCUCCGACGCCUCCGUCCAGAUGAACGCCUCCAACUACCCCGUCCUCCUCAAGUGUCCGGACUACGAACAAAUGUCCUCCUCACCAUGCUGA